AUGGCCACUGUCAUGGCACCCGUCGAGUUGCCUGCAGGACGGCGGUCUUACUACCACGCUCCAUCACCUGGACCUGACAUUCAUGAUCCCAAUUGGAUCCCUGUGUUGGAUACCGCCGCGCUCAAGGGCACUGCUUCUCUGGUCGACAGAGAUGUUUUCGCUUAUCCUCAGGCCUCGUUCUCCCUAUUCCCCAGCCAGAGCGGCUCCAACUCUCCAACACUGCGGCAAGGCAUCUCCCACAACUAUUCCAAGAGUUCGCUGGCGCCGGAAAGCGUAACGUCGGAAACAAGAGCUCAGAGUCCACGGGACAUUGUUGAACCCCCCCUACCCAAUGCCGGAAACGCCGGACAAUGGGAAAAGCAUCGUCGCUCACCGUCAACCGGGGCAGGAUCGGGUGAAGAGAAGAUGACGGUGGACACACAAAUCUCAGGGGAGCUUGCCAGCACCCCAGGCAGUGAAGAAGCUGCCAGUUUGGUAGGGGAAGGAGACUCGGGUCGUCAAGGGCCAAGUCAAGCGCAUCACGCAGGAGUGUUGGUCGAUCCUUCGACGCGAUCGUCCAUGAGCUCGACACGCAAGCCCACUAUGCUUCCGCCCACUUCUAAAUACAACCGCAAACCUGUGUCUUCAUUGGCGACUUCAAUACGACCGGCACUGAUCCCAAGUCUUCCUCAAACUCCCCAAGAAUCACCCCGUCUAGGUCCUAGUCUACAUGUCCAGAGCGUGUCGUCCCCCAAACUUCCGCCCCCUGAACCCCAGUCACCGGAGCCGACUGCCAAAGUCCACCCUGCGAAAUCCACCGCUUCAGAACGACGCCAGCGCGCACUGCAUUCUCAUCCCUCGGACUUGUCACUGAGAGCGCAGGGCACAUCCAGUUUGGAUGAUGGCGAGAUUGACGCGCAACCUGCUGCCGUCCGGCCCAAGUCCCGAAAGUCCACAGACUCGCGUGCAACGACCCCCAGAUCUACGUUUUACGAAUCACAAGUUCCGACACCUGCACCCACCACUCCACUUCCACAAUUACCCCCUGAAGCUCGAAGGCCGCUGCCGAGAGAGAAUGGAUGGCAGCAGCCGGCGCGUACGCUUCCCGAUGGUCCUGCUCCUGCCCUGGGCUCCAGCGGUGGACUUUCUGAGCACGCCGAGUUGGCAUCAUUCAUGGUGGAGAAGAACACGAUAGUAUUUCGCCGGUUCGACGAUGUGCACGUUCGUCUCCUCUUGUGCUUACAGGACGAGAUAUCCCAGCUUGAGAGAGAGCUUUUGAAGCUGGAGAAUUCAAUACUGUCGGACAGUCCGGCCGAAGGGAUGGUCCAGAAAGCCAGAAUUUUGCAAGAGCUAAGGAAAUUGGUCGGCGAAUACGAUCAAAUGUUCACGACAUGGAGCAAGAUGCAAGCCAACCCAGUGAGUCCAACGACAACCAGGGAGUUGAAACAGUGGAUGGAAAAGCCCGCAACCGGCGUGGGCGACGGGUUAGGAAUCACAAUUCAGCAGGACCGAUUGUGGUUGGAAAACAGCAAAGACCUUAGCAGCAUCGCACUGAACGAGAAAGGAAGGCCACCACCGGGGCAGGAGGAAGGACAGACAGGAAGCUCGGGCACAGGCACAAACACGGGCACGGCCACGGCCACGGCCGCAGAUGGCGGUGGACGAGGAUGGAUGUCAUUAUUCAGCUGUGCUGGCAAGAGGAAGUAA